AUGGGGUGGCGCGCCGGCGGGGCAGCGGCCUCGACGCACCCCGGCCUGGGCGCAACGACCGUGCUCGUCGACGGUGUGCGCUUGCACUUUAUCACGGCCAAUCUCGAGCCCGAAGGUCCUUUCCAAGCCUAUUAUUGCACCAUCUGGAGCCCCCGGCUCGUGCAUUUUGGCUGGGAGACGCUCGAGCGUGGGACCACUGCCUUCUUUAGUCCCAUCUCGGCGCCAACGCCUCUCUGCGCCCCAUUGUCGGUUCGCUUUGCUCUCGAGCUCUUUCGCAUGCUUCGCCUCGCGCUGCUCUGUGCAGUGUCCAGCGAGUGCUUUGCGGACCGCGUCGAUGUCAUGUCGUGGCUCGUCGUUCGGGACGCCUACGUCGCCGACCAAGAAGACACUGCUGGCAAUGCGUGUGUGCUCGCCAUGGUCGAUGCGUACGCGCUGCCGACGAUGACACUGCACGACGUGCUGGCGCGGGUGCCUCGCUUUGAGGUGGUCGUACCGGCGAUCAUGCGGGCGAUCGACCGGGCGCCAAGACUCGUUCAAGGUACCCACUCUGCGCGAUGGAACAACUUGGUAUCGGCUCGGCAACCGCCGAGCGAUGGCAGUGACCGCAACCGGAAUCUCGUCGCGGCGACGGUCGACAACCUGCGCUGGCACGCGCAGCUCGACCCCGGUGCACGACCUCCAGCCCGGGUGCUGCACCUGUGAGGAUGUUUUAAACACAUAGAAAAC